AUGAGUUGCUUACUCUUCUUCAAUUUUCUUCUCUUAUUUCUUUCCAUAUCACUUUUCAUUCUGGGUGUAACAACAUCAAGAUGGCUGGUUUUUCUCGAUGAGAACUCCAAUUCCAUGAUAACCGAACGUUCAAAUGGCAUCCUUACAUCUUGUCAACGACUCUACCGUCAAAACAAUCUCGAACAAUACUCGAUUGUAUAUAAUUUAACGAGCAGUAGUCGUGACAUACAGAAUAUCUAUGAUGAUGCCUACGUGUGUUUCAAUCGAUUGUUAAAAUGGCAUAAUUCCUCGAUUAGUGGACCCGACUUAUUAGAUUAUCAAAAAGUUCUGAUCGGUGUCUCGUUCGCUUGUGUAUUUGUUGGUAUAAUUGCCUUAGUUUUCACGCAAACAAUCAACACGAAUGCAUCGUUCGAUAAUAUCCGUUUUUCCAAGUGUAUGAUCGAAUGCUUAUUGAUUGCUAAUAUACUCACAGUUGUUCUAGCGUUGAUUACAUUAGCACUGUUUCUUGGUUUUGAACGUUUGCAAACGAUUACAGCAUAUGGUUAUUCAUUCUGGGCAUUUGUGGCCGGUACAUGUUGUGUUUUUGUCAGUUGUAUUUUAACUGCUGUCUAUCGUAUUGAUGUUGAAUUCGAAUUUCGUCGAUACCGACAUGAGUCUGUAGCGACACUCUGUUGA